UUUUUUCCCUCAACAAGUUUUAGAACCAAUAUUAUCUUUUUGGCCUAAAAUUGAAGAGAAAAUUGAAAACAAAAACAAAAUUUGAUGAAUUUUUUGCUAAUUCUUACGCUUAAUUAAGUGAUUGACUAGUAGAGAAACUGCUGUUAUACGUUUCAGUUUUCCGAGAUGAAAACACGUGGACAAAUUGGUUAUGAUCUCUGAUUUGUCCUUUCUUACGUUGUUUUACGUAUUUUAUUAAAGGUCCAUAAAAGAUUUUAGCUCCGAGUAGUAUCCUAACAAUAAUAACUUGGAAUCAAAUGAAUCUAUAAAUCAAAAGAAGACGAUUGAUAAGAACUUAGAAGAGAGAGCUUCUAGGAGUUAGAGCAAAGCCCUAAUUUACCAAGGAGACUUAGCUUCGUGUGCCUCCUUUAAAUCUCAAAGUCGUUUAAGGUUUUAUUUUUCCAGACGGUCAUGGAUUAUUCAGAUGAUGACAUAAUCGAUAUCUCAUCAGGAGAGGAGGAGGAGGAUCUUUACAUCGAUGGUGGUAUAGAAUCCGAUGACUACCAUUUUGAAGACACAAUUAGUCGAUCUGAGAAAAGUUACGUAAUUCUCAAGGAAGAAGAUAUUCUCAAGCAUCAAAGAGACGAUAUCGAACGAGUUUCCACGGCUCUCUCUCUAAGCCACGUCGAAGCGACCGUUCUUCUUCUUCACUUUCAUUGGAGUGCUAGUAAGAUCGAAGAUGAAUGGUUUACGGACGAAGAGAGAAUCCGUAAAACCGUUGGAAUCCUCAAGGAGCCUGUCGUUGACGUUGAUGGUAGAGAAGUGAAUAUCCAUUGUGGAAUUUGCUUUGAAUCAUACACUCGAGAAGAAAUUGCAAGGGUUUCUUGUGGUCAUCCUUAUUGCAAUACUUGUUGGACUGGUUACAUCACUACAAAAAUCGAAGACGGUCCAGGAUGUUUAAGGGUUAAAUGUCCUGAGCCUUCUUGUUCCGCUGCCGUUGGUCAAGAUAUGAUUGAUGAGGUUACUAGAAAGGAUAAGGAGAAAUAUCAUAGAUAUCUUCUUAGGUCUUAUGUCGAAGAAGGGAAGAAGAUUAAAUGGUGUCCAUCACCGGGAUGCGAAUAUGCUAUUGAAUUUGGUGGAAGUGGAAGUAGUAGUUACGAUGUUUCUUGUUUGUGUUCGUAUAGGUUCUGCUGGAAUUGCUGUGAAGACGCUCAUACUCCUGUGGAUUGUGAAACGGUGUCAAAGUGGUUACUAAAGAACAAGGAUGAGUCCGAGAACACGAAUUGGAUACUUGCUAAGACAAAGCCUUGUCCUAAAUGCAAGCGUCCUAUUGAGAAGAACAAUGGAUGUAACCAUAUGUCAUGCUCAGCUCCGUGUAGACAUUAUUUUUGUUGGGCUUGCCUUCAACCAUUGAGCAGUCACCAGGCUUGCAACGCGUAUAAAGAAGACAAUGAGGUUGAAACUAAGAGAAAAAGGGCUAAAGAUGCGAUCGAUAGAUACACACAUUACUAUGAAAGAUGGGCAUUCAAUCAAUCGUCGAGGCUAAAGGCUGUAAGUGAUCUAGAGAAAUGGCAGUCAGUGCAGCUUAAGGAGCUUAGUGACAAUCAGAGCUCACCAGAAAGUCAGCUUCGUUUCACCGUAGAUGCGUGGCUUCAGAUCAUUGAAUGUAGGAGGGUCUUGAAAUGGACCUAUGCAUAUGGAUACUACCUACUUACUCAAGAGCGUGACAAGCGAGAAUUUUUUGAGUAUUUGCAAGGGGAGGCAGAAACUGGUUUGGAGAGACUUCAUCAUUGUGCAGAGGAGGAGUUGAAACAGUUUAUCGGUAAAACUGUAGACCCAUCAAAAAAUUUCGGUGAGCUCCGGAUAAAAUUAAUUGAUUUGACUGUAGUAACCAGAACCUACUUCGAAAAUCUGGUGAAAGCUUUGGAUAAUGGUCUUGCUGAUGUUGCAUAUAAUGAGAAGAGCCAAUCAACACAAGAACCUGAAUCUGAAUCUUUUACCAAAAGACAAAAGUCGGUGGCAAACGGUAGAAGAAGCUUCAAAAGAGGUAAUUGAGAUAAGGAAAAUAAAAUCUUUUAGAGUUUAGCAGCUUGGAAAUACUCUCUGAUUUAUGUGUUUGCUGCGUAUGACUUCAAGUUUUUAUUUUGUGGCUUUAAUUUUUUAAACCUUAUACCUUUAAUUUUUAUUUAUUUAGUAUUAAG